AGUGCAUUCACAUCCCAAUUCCAACACUAUGUGUCCAUCCUUAAACAUGUAUCUCCAUGUAAUACUCUUGUUUUUUUCAUGGCUCCUCCUGCUAUUAGCACAACCUACACUCGGAAAAAACAUAACUGCCAACAUCGCCAAUGUAACCUCCACAAGCUUCCUCGGCACCAAGCCAGGCUGCCAACCUAAAUGUGGAAACCUAAGCAUCCCUUACCCUUUCGGCAUAGGGGCUGCCUGCUCCUUUGAUUCGAACUUCACAAUCAACUGCAGCACUUCAAAGCCCUUCUUAGGUGUCUUCGAGGUCCUAUCCAUCUCACCAACCCAAGUCCGGAUCCAAAAUGUUGUUGCUUCUAUGUGCUACAACCAGACCGGGGUUGUGACCAAUAAUUCUGGGACCUCGAUAUGGUCCCAGCAGUUGGCCUCGCCAUACACGUAUUCGGACACGGCAAAUAAGUUCAUGGUCGUCGGUUGCGAUGACUUUGGCGAGCUUUGGGGGGCUGGUCAAGCCGAGUUCCUCAUUAGUGCAUGUGGGUCCAAAUGCUACACCGGUACGGACUUGAUUGAUGCAAAUUGUACCGGUGUUGGUUGCUGCCAAACCGAUAUUCCAAAGGGCCUGCAGACGUACGAGGUUGUCCUUUCUAGCUUUUCCAAUCAUACCCAGGUUUGGUCAUUCGACAAAUGUGGCUAUGCGUUUAUGGGAGAGCAGGAUAACUUUCAUUACAGCAGUCUAUCAGAUAUUUCGGACCCCACUUUCGUGGACCGAGUGCCCAUAGUACUUGAUUUCGCGAUUGGAAGCCAGAAUUGUGUUGAAGCCCAGAACUCAAAUGCAUAUUUGUGCCAGUCGAAUACUUUGUGUACUAAUAAUACGGAUGGUGGCUCUGGAGGGUAUCUUUGCACUUGCGAAACUGGUUACGAGGGCAAUCCUUAUCUCAAUCCUGGAUGCACAGAUAUUGACGAAUGCAAAGAUUCCAGCCUUAACGACUGUGAUGGAAAUGCAACUUGCACGAAUACUCCAGGAAAUUUUAGUUGUUCAUGUAAUCAUCAUUUCUUUGGCGACGGAAGAAGCGACGGAAGUGGGUGCACUCAUCAGGCCUCACAAAUCUCAGUGAUCAAGUUAUCUCUAGGAUUGAGCUUUGGCUUCGUGUCAUUACUGAUUGGUGUAAUUUGGAUAUACUCCUGCAUCAAUAGACGGAAGCUAAUCAAACUAAGAGAGCAAUUCUUCCAACAGAACGGUGGCUUAUUAAUGAAACAAAAAAUUUCUUCAAUCGAGGGAACAAGUGCAAAUUCGUCGAAGUUCUUUACAACUGAACAACUAAAGAAAGCCACUAACAACUAUGCUGAGAACCAAAUAAUUGGGCAUGGUGGAUACGGUGUGGUUUACAAGGGAAUUUUACCAGACCAACGCGUAGUCGCCGUCAAGAAGUCCAAAGUAAUGGAUGCAAACCAAGUAGAGCAGUUUAUCAAUGAGUUGUUGAUAGUAACACAAGUUAACCAUAGGAACGUUGUGAAGCUCUUGGGGUGUUGUUUUGAAUCAGAGGUUCCCGAGCUUGUUUAUGAGUAUAUACCAAAUGGCACGCUAUUCCAACAUAUUCAUAAGCCAUUAUCUUGGUUAACACUGGAGGAUCGAUUGAGAAUAGCCAUAGAAACAGCUAGUGCACUUUCCUAUCUUCACUCUGCCGCAUCUAUUCCGAUCAUUCAUAGAGAUGUUAAGUCUGCCAACAUAUUGCUAGACGCUAAUUACGUGGCAAAAAUGGCAGAUUUCGGUGCUUCGAGACUAGUUCCCUUGGACCAAACUCAAGUGACUACAUUAGUACAAGGAACUUUAGGUUAUUUGGAUCCUGAGUACUUCCAAACUGGCCAGUUAAACGAGAAGAGUGAUGUUUACAGUUUCGGAGUGGUUCUAGCAGAACUACUGACUGGAAAAAAGCCUAUUUGUCCUGAGAGGUCUCAAGAGGAAAGGAAUUUGGCGACCUACUUCCUUGUGUCAAUGAAGGAAAAUAGGUUGUACCAAAUUUUAGAGCCACGGGUGGUGAAGGAAGGGACCUUGGACCAACUCCAAGCAAUUGGGGAGCUUGUAAAGAGGUGUCUUUGUGUGAAAAGUGAAGAGAGGCCUGCAAUGAAAGAAGUGGUUGCGGAAUUAGAAUGUUUAAGGAAGUAUAAAAAGGAUCCAUGGAUUAAUCAACAAAGUCAUGAAGAGAGUGAAAGUUUUCUGAGUGACGAAGCACCAACAGACAUUUACGCUUUCUCAAUAGGUCCUUCUACUGGUGACAUAUUUGGGCAAUAUAGUUUUGGCAGCAGCACGACAUUUCCGCUUAGUAAGUCGUUCAACUAGUGCUGGUGACAUCUUGCACAAUAGGUAUAGGAAGGUAAUGUGGCUUUCUAAUAGCAUUGUGGGGUCCUAUAGACAAAAACGCUUUGCAAAUAUGCACUGGUCAAUUGUGAUUGUAGAUUGUUCUUCAUUUGGGUCUGAAUCAUUUGUAAUAAGGUGAAGAUCUUGUUUGUUCAUGUUAUGGUUCAUGUUGUGGUUAGUGAAUUCAUUUUCUGGGCUGGUCUGGCUUAUGACUU